UGUUAAGUCCAGUAGGAUUGCUGAUUCUACAAAUACUUUUACAGAACUAUAACAGUGAUAGUAUUCGGUUUCUCACUGACAAGAGUGUUAUCUUAAAAAGAGUGCUAUAUGUGUAUUAUAAAAUUUUAAACAGAUGGCGGAACCUAUGAAAAAAUGGGAAAGAGUACACGCCACGAUGUUUCACAGGUUUGUUUAUUUAUGUGUAUAUUUUGUGCAGAGACUGAUACUAUAUAUUAUGGAAUCUACGAGUGUAAAUAAUUUAAUCCGAAAAGUAAGGCGUAUUAACAUUCGUAAAAUACAACCUCCGCAAGAAGUUACAAAGAACAUCAAAUUAAUGGAAGACUUGUUGGCUGGCAAUUGUGAGUUCACUAAAUGGAAAUACCAAACAUUCAAUCGACCCUACCACUUGGUAAAAUUGAAAUCAAGAGAUGAAUUAUAUAGUUUGGUUGCCGCGAGAUUUAAUUAUACCAUGACAUCUCCCAAAGGAACACAUUAUGCAUUAAACAGCGUUCUUAGAGUGGAAAAUCCAUUUUUACUAGCACAAUUUUAUUUGAGAAAAACUCGCUUGGAUAGAAGAGAAAAACGAGUGAGUGUAAAUUUAUUUCACGGAACACGGAACAAAAAUCUGAAUCCUAUAUGCAGAGAUAAUUUUAACUGGCGUUUAACAGGAACAGCAAAGGGGUCAAAAUUUGGGCAAGGUGUUAGUUUUUCAACAAGGUCUGAUUAUUCAAAACAUUUUGUAAACACUUUCGAUUUUGGCGAAUAUCCAAAACUGCGGACUACUGGAUUAGGUUCAGCUAUGUUCAUGGUGCAAGUGCUUAAAGGAAAAAGUCAUAUUGGAAAUAAAUACACCAGGAUUCCCGAAAAAGGAUACGAUACAACUGAUAACGGAAAGGGCACGGUGAUCGUGAAAUAUCAGGAUUUUGAGUUUUAUCCGCAGUCUAUUUUAUUAAUUAACUAAUCAAUUUAUUUGUCCUUAUUUUUGUUCUUUCAUGUAGAAAUACUUUAUUAUCUAAACGACGCUUUCUAUGAAGAGUUUUUCUUCAUUUCAUUAUCGUUAUUUUUAAUUUGUUAUUCCAACCAAAGUUAAUUAUUAUGUUUAUUUAAAUGUGAUUUUAUUUUUUAUAUACUUUUACAUCAAUGUUAGUUAAAUUUUACAUGUUU